AUGCGCCUGCUGAAGCGCUCGCCGAACGGCGACAUCAAGUUGAUCUCGGUCAAGAAUGACGACGACCGUCCUCCAUACGCCACCCUAUCGCACACCUGGACCAACAGCCAGGAGGUCACGUAUAAUGAGCUGGUGGCCGGCGCGGGGAAGGACAAAACUGGCUACGCCAAGAUCCGCUUCUGUAUGGACAGAGACGCGCAGGAUGGCAUAGAGUACUGCUGGGUGGACACGUGCUGCAUCGACAGGUCUAUUCAGCAAGAGCUCCAAACGGCGAUUAACUCGAUGUUUCGGUGGUACCAAGCAGCAAAGAAGUGCUACGCAUAUUUGUUGGAUGCGCAGGUGCCGAAGGAGGUCAGCGAUGCUCAGGCAUUCCCGAUAUCGUGGAUGGAAUCUUUUCGGCGAAGUAGAUGGUUUACGCAUGGAUGGACGCUGCAGGAGCUACUUGCACUGGCCAGUGUUGAGUUCUUCUCCGAGGAGGGCAAACUGCUGGGCACAAGAAUAUCGCUAGAGCAAGACUUCCAAAAGAUCACCAAGCUCCCGGUUGAAGUACUUCGCGGAAAACGGCUGUCUGAUUUUGACUCCGACGAGCAAAUAGGCUGGACGGCUAACCGCACGACGUCGUUAAGGGAGGAUAAAAUAUACUGCCUCCUGGGGAUCUGCGGGGUAUUUCUGCCGCUUAUCUAUGGGGAGGGAGAAGUAUACGCGGAAACACGCCUGCGAGAGGAGAUACAGAGACGAAAGGAGGGAUGGGGCAUGGAAAGACUGCGAGACCGAGCAGUCUCGUCGCCGUUGCCCUUCGCACGGAACGAAAUCUUUACUGGGCGAGAAGACGAGCUUCAGUCUCUUAAGCAAUUCCUCCUCCCCCCUUAUACGCAUCAACGGAUGACAAUCUAUGGUCUCGGUGGCUGCGGCAAAUCAGCGCUUGCCAUUGAGUUCGCCUAUCGCGCGCUGGCGCAACAAGCGGGGCGUCUAGUGUUUUGGGUGCCAGCGAUCAGCCGAGAAAGCUUCGAGCUUGCCUAUCGAGACAUCGGGAUCAGCCUUCGUCUACCAGGGAUUACCGACGAUAAUGCAGAUAUUAAGGAGCUAGUUAAGGAUGCAUUGGGAAAUAGCCGACGAGCAUGGUUUAUGAUUGUCGACAAUGCUGAUGACCCUGAAGCCCUUAUGAAUAGGGUUGGUGGAGACCCUGGGACGGCUCGACUGGUCGAUUGGCUUCCUAAAAGUGACGGAGGCAAGAUCGUCUUCACUACACGGAGUAGAAAGGCUGCCAGAGACUUGACACAAAGCAACGCGCUGGAGCUGCGUGAUAUGGGUAAAAUUGAAGCUAGGCAACUGCUCCGACAGCGUAUAGCAAAGCAGGCGUUGCUGAGUGAUACAAAGGCUGUCGGGGAGCUACUCGAGCUACUUGCAUACCUGCCACUUGCUAUUAUACAAGCGGCGGCAUUCAUCGACAGCAACGAUAUAGCGGUCAACGCGUGCAGGAACUUCAGGCUAUGAGGGCUGGAACUGCGUCUACUGGGUUCAAGAGGCCCUUAGCUACGCUGCGCACGACGGCAAAGCAUUAGGCACCUGUCAAACCGACUGGACGCAUGUAAGGGACACUGUGAUGUGUUGCGGAACACCGCUUCGACGGGCAAGUACAAUUUGAUUCGAAC